AUGGGAUCAUCACGAAAGCGCCAGGCUGCGGAACUCGACUCUGUAGCUGCUGAACACAAAAACAAGACGGAGAAUGAGAGAAUCUCACAGCUCGAGACGGAGAACCUGUUUCUUCGCAAACAGCUUACGAUGUUUGUCGGUAAGCUCGAACUGGCACAGACGUCUUUAAGAGGACUCUGCAACAUGAUGCACGCCGCUCUGGAAGCCGAUGAUGACAUUUCCAGCCAGAAGCUACCUUCGGCGGAUGAGCCGUCAGCCGAAGUUUCAGCGAGAAAGCAUCCCGGAUCCGCCUCGGAUUCCCUCGACUAUAAUCACUAUCUACCCUCUACAUCACCAACUCACGCAAGUAAUUCUCACGAAGACAUUGCUCUUGAAGAGUUGCUAUCUAGUGCUGAGAAUUGCUUCUCCGGCGCCUGCCAGCAUCCCUGUCAGGGCGUAAUUUCGAAUGCUGCGGUUGAUCUGCAAGUCAACCCGUCCAUGAAUGACGCAAUCCCUCCAGGGCAAAUAGUAUCACCGUGCAUAGAGGCCCACGAGUCCACCUUUAUGGGUAGCCCUUCGCAAGGAAUCCCCGGGGUAUGGUCGUAUCACUAUCAGAUGGGUCCUUCGAAUUAUCAAUCCGCCAUGGCCAAUAUCUGCAGUAUCAGAACAGGUCUGCCUAUCUCAAACUCUGCUUUCUCGGACCAUAUCGCCGCCUUACAUAGUUCCAAACUUCAUCUUUCUGUUUCCCUCAUGCUAUCUUUGUUCAACAGUCUCAAUCGACCCCUUGCUCUAUCGUGGUACACGCCGACCAAGUUUUACUACCACAUCACCAACCUCACGACGUGGCAGCUCAACCCCACGCGGGAAAUGUAUAUGCGGCUCCCUGCGCGAUACCGGCCCUCUGCCCUGCAACUAUCAGAAGCAUAUCCUCCGAUCAUCGAUUGGUGUCCAUUUCCUUCAAUCCGCGACAAGCUCAUCCUUCUGCACUCUGCGAAUUCCAAUAUUGAUCAGAUCAUAUGCGACAUUGCCAUGGCUUAUGUUGUCGAGGCUGAUAUCUCAACGAUUGUACAUCUUGAGGGGCCGACAACGGGCUAUAUUCGUGUUUGGGAUCUUAUCCAGGCAAUGGGGAAGCCUGGCCAUGAGCAGAUUUGUUCUAGUCAAAACCUGUGCGCUGAAACGUCAAUCGGACUGGGUUCUCACCUUGACGCCGGGAAACAGGCAGAUUUUGGGGGCUACGCGCUGCCUGCGCCUAGUACGGAGGCUUUGUUUCGGACCAAAGAAUAUGCUCGUCUAGCUUUCAAGGAGCUCCAUAUGGAUGACGGUAUCAGUCGGUAUAAACUGGACGCCGCAUUGUUCGAGAAAUAUCCAGAAUUGUACGAGCCUGAUGAUAAUAUUGUUGCGAAGGGUGUCGCUGUCAGGGCACCGCGGCAGACCGCCAUCCCGGUUCCAAAGGCACUUGAUAGAUUUACACUCGAUAUAUAUCGUCAUUUUGCUGACUGGUCACUGAAUGUCAUCUUUUCCACUAAAUUUUGA